UGCAAUUCAUUAUAUGUGUGCACAAACGUGCUGCCUUAGUGCAAAGUCAGUGCUCCAGUUUGGCAACUCCAGUCAAAGAAGUAUGCCUGCACCCCUGGACACAUCUGAUGUAAUCUGAAACUGCUGUGGAUCCGAUAGAGACAGGUGGACGUGGUGAGAUAGAAACAAAAAGAAAGAUGGCCGAGGCCCCGAAGAUUGAACUCUUUGUGAAGGCCAGUGUUGAUGCUGAAGGUGUGGGGAACUGUCCCUUCUGUCAGAGGAUCUUUAUGAUUAUUUGGUUAAAAGGGGUCAACUUCCAAAUCACCACAGUGGACAUGAUAAGGGACCCUCCUACACUGAAGGCUUUGGCCCCUGGCUCUCAGCCUCCCUUCCUCCGCUACAACGAUGAGGUUAUAACAGACACAAACAAGAUUGAGGAGUUCCUGGAGAAGACCUUAGCCCCACCACAGUGUCCAAAAUUGUGCUGUCGAUACAAAGAGUCCAACGGGGCUGGAGAGGACAUCUUUCGGACAUUCUCUGCAUACAUAAAAAACCCCAGUCCUGAGUUGAAUGACAUACGAGAGAAGAAAUUUCUUACCACUCUGGUGAAGCUGAACCAUUAUCUUGAGACGCCCCUGCCUCAUGAGUUGGACCAGAACCCGAAUGCCACUGUGUCCUCACGCCUCUACUUGGACAGUGAGAGCUUCACUUUGGCAGACUGCAACCUGCUUCCCAAACUCAACAUUGUCAAGGUGGUGUGUAAGCAUUAUCGUGACUUUGACAUCCCUGCACAGCUGAAAGGUCUCACACGUUACCUGGAGAAUGCUUACAAAGAAGAUCAGUUCCGUUACACCUGCCCACCAGAGUCAGAGAUCAUUGUUGCUUACCAGUCAGUGGCAGUGUACCUGAACCAACAAAAAGGCCAAUCAAAUAGGAGACACUGAGACCUACAGAGAAAAGGGGACAAGAUGUUUAAAAACUGUACAUGAUUUGUUUUAUUGUAUGAAAAGUACAAUUCUGAAAAAAAAACCUGCAAUGAAAUGUCCUCCAUGAAUUAGGUUCUAAUAUUUGACAACUAAAAUCUGUAUCUGUAAACACUGUAUAUACUGUAAUGUGUGCACAAGUUGAUAAUUUGGAUUUAUUAUAAAGCCCCGACGAGAGAGAGAGGAAGCACUGUAAAUCCAAGAGAUUAUAUAUGUUCUGUCAUAUUGUGCAUGCAUGUGUUGUGUCAAAGCAUUACGUAAUGUUGAUUGCAAUUACUUUAAAUUUUAAAACAAAUACUAUUCAGAGUAGAAAACUACAAGAGAAAACAUUAAACAAAUGGUCUUGACUGCAGAUAAGGAGAGUGGACUGUUAAUAACUA